CAGGACGUGUUCCGCACCUGCAGUAUCCGCACCCAAUGCAAGAGUAACAGCGGGGCCGAGCCGACCUUAGUGGGUUGUGUUGCUCUGUACCACAAAAGGCACAUGGUGAUGCAAGGCACCGGGCAGCAGCUGAUCUAACAGACGAUCCCCCGGGAUCUGGCUAUUGGAGGAAGAAAUCUCCCUCAAACAACGGGUGACGUCGGCACGAGAUCGCCCUUCGAUCUCGUCACCUGGGUUUCCCCCCGCAGCUGGCUAAGAGAGAUUUAAAGGUGGUAUAGUCCCCGAGCCCAAAAAGCUCCUUCCCGCUGCACGCUGUCGAUCCCCCGCAUUUCGGCACCUCCUACCAUGGCGCCAUCACGGUUUCUUGCCUUCGCGGUGGUGUUCAUUGCCACGGUUGCUGGACAGGCGCCGACGUUUGCUGCGGCGCCGGCUGGCACGCCGCUUAGGAGGCCGACCGACUUCAAUGCUGUGGCCGUUGAUGCGACGCCGGCGAAAGCGGGUGGAGUGCUGCCUGAAUCGUUUGUUUCGUUCUCGAUUGAGCUUGCCUUCUUUCCGGAUUUCGCGGGCAAUCUGUCUAAUCCGAAUACGUUCUCGAACACGCUGCUCGACAACAUCAAGGAGUCUUCUGGGACGAAGCCGUAUAUUCGGGUUGGAGGGAAUACUCAGUACGUACGCGCAGUUGAGCUUUAUAGAGUCGUCUCCUUUCCGUGCAUAAAGAAGACUGCUAAUUUGCAUUAUCCGACAAUCCUGUCAAUCGGACCGUUGUUCUUUGAAUCCUACCUGACAUGGCCAGACACUAAAUUCAUCCACGGCUUCAACCUCGGAAAGAACAGCACCGCAGCACGUGAAAGCCUCAUUGCCAGUGUCCCUCUAGCCUGCAAAGCAUUGAGUGAGGGGAAGCUGCUCUACUGGGAACUGGGCAACGAGCCUGAUCUGUACAAGACUUCUGCUCAGGGCCCGGUACGACCUUCGAACUGGACGGAGGCCGAUUAUGUCUCGGAGUGGAACUCAGUUGUAGGAGACAUCCGCGCCGCCAUGAUGGAUUCAGACCCGGACUUCGCCACCUCUAGCCAGUUCAAAUGGAUCGCCCCCUCAUUCGGAGGCGUAGGCAACAGCCUCAAAGCCGUACCCACCUGGCUCGACGGCCUCAACGCCAACGCCAACAUCGCUCUCUUCUCCUCCCACAACUACAUCGCCGGCGCCACCCAACCCGGCGUAACCCUCCAACACACGCUCCUAAACCACACCGCCACGACUACUAGCCUCCUCCAACACACCCUCGAGCACCGCAACCUCACCGCCCACGCCAUGCCCCUUCCCUACAUCCUCGGCGAAGCAAACUCCCUCUACAACCAAGGCCGCGCCGGCCUCUCCAACACCUUCGGCGCCGCGCUGUGGGGCGUCGACUUCGCCCUCGCCGCCGCCACGACAGGCAUCGCCCGCGUGCACUUCCACCUGGGGACCGACUACCGCUACGCCGCGUGGCAGCCCGUCACCACCCCCGCGACGGCGAUGGGCACGAAGCCGCCGUACUACGCGAACAUCGCCGUCGCGGCCGCGCUGGGGGAUCUUACCGGGGCGAGGGUGCGGGUCGCGAGCGUGCCGCUGGCCGACGACGCGGUCACGGCGGCGGCGUAUGCGGUGUACGACGGCGGGAGGCUGGCGCGGGUGAUGGUGGUGGACUUGCAUGGGUGGAACUGCACGGCGGGGGAGGAGGAGAAAGAGGAGCGGCCGCGGACCGCGUUUGACUUGGCGCUCCCGGAGGCGUGUCGGGGCGUGGGCGUGGUGCAGCGGUUGCUGGCGGGUGGGAGCGAUGCGGUCGAGGGGGUGACGUUUAAUGGGCGGAACUAUGACUAUGAGCGGGAUCGGGGGAGGCCGGUGGUUGUUGGGGGGGAGGAUGAGAUGGUGUGGGUGGGCGAGGUUGGGGGGUGA